UCCCACAGCAGUUUGACAAGAGGCGUAGCUUCGCCUCGUGGGCAUGACGCAGUCAAACAAAGUAGAAUUGCAGUGAAGCCUGUUGAGCGAACAAUUGGGCUGCUGUGGCUGCGGGAAUAGCGGUUUGUGUUGCUUAUGCAUACUCUCUUGUUCGCCGUCUUCUGCGCGUGAAGUCGUUUAAAAGUUUGCGUGACAAAAUUUAAAUCAGCGUGCAACAUCUGAUUCGCCGAAAUGUAAAAAUGUAAGAUAAACAUGUCUUUAUCAUCUGAAAUGGAGAAGAAUUCCACCGAAGAUGAUUGUGUGGACUCAGGAGCGGAGACAGGAGGGUCUGACAACAGCCCCAUGUCUUCAACUAGCAGUGAGCUUUCGGCAGGUGAGCAGCAGGACCCCUUCCUGGUCAGUGUGCACAUCAUCACGGACCCGGGCCAGGCCACGCCCCUUCAGCACGCUGCUGACGCCCUGCUCUCCUGGAUCCAUCCUGAGCUGCAGCUGUUCCGUGUCUCCGAGCGUGCCGCCUGGCAACAGAGGCCCAGGCGCUCCCGCACUCUCGCUGCUGGCCAGCAGAGGGCGCUGGCCGUCAUCCUGUUCCUGCAGGAGGAGGAGUCUUACGGCUGUGAGGACCAGGUGCCCCGCCCUCUCCGCGGCCUCCAGCACCUGCCCUGGCGCUACCACCACACCGAGCGCGUUAACGGCAGGCUCCUCCCCCUGGCGCCCAGCAGCCAGGACUUCUUCACCCUGGCGCCUGGGACGCCGCUGUGGGCCGUGCGCCAGGUGCAUUAUGGGAAGGAGAUCAUACGCUUCACUGUGUACUGCCGGCACCACAGCUUCAGGGACAUGGUGAGGAUGUACCGGCUGCUGCUGCAGCGCCCCCUAGCUCAGCGGAGGGAGGACUUCUGCUUCUUUGUGGUGUACUCGAACCAGGACACCGAGAUACAGCUGUCCUUUAAGAGGCUUCCGCGUGGCCAGAACCCCGCCCCCACCGAUUCGGCCGUCAUGGAGAUCCGCGUGCGGGACGUUGGGGGGCUGGUGCCCCUUUUACCCCGGCCGUGCACCCCCAUCAGUCAGGUGCGCUGGCAGACUGAGGACUACGACGGCAACAAGAUCCUGCUACAGGUUCGAGGGUCCACCUUAUUCCGACGGCGACACACCAUUGCCAAGUUUACCUGCUUGCCAGGAGACCCCUCCCCCAUACCCUUACCCACACUCUCUGAGCCCUCCCCCGGCCCCGCCCACUCAUUCAGGAAAGGCCCUACUUCUUACCGGAACCACCGCUACAGUCAAACGUCGCCCCGCCCCCGGAACCACACCCUCACCUGCUUGUCCAAUCAAGACCUGUGCCAGGCCAGUAAGGAGGAAGAGGGGGCAGGUCCAAACCGGGUCCGGUGGGCGGGACAUCGGAGUCGCUCGCUGUUCUGCCUGCCCACAGCAGAUGGGACGUUUUUGGGCAGCUCCACCCCCUCCCCCUCCCAUUCCCACUCCUCAUCGCUGGCCCCGCCCAUUCGACUAAAGGUGGAGGCGCUGGUGGGUGCAGAGGAGACUGAUGUGGACACAGGACGCAAGGUAGACAGUGGUGGGGUGGACCUGACUGUGGUGUCAGCCUAUUCCCGGCCCCACCCCCAGCCCCGCCCACUCUCCGCGCCUCCUCAGGACCCCAUCCCCUCCUUUUCGGCUCUGUCUUGCAGCUCCAUGCCCCUUUUGGUUAACCACGCCCCCCUGUGUGAUAACCGCUCCACCUCAGCGACACCCUCUAUCCUUCACAAGCCCCACCCACAGAAGACCUGCCUCCCAUUGGGUGCACAGGAGGAAGGGCUGGGCAGGGAGGAGGAGCAGAGUGGCCGGUCUUGGGACACACCUGCUGAGCAGGAGCAGGAAUUUUACAUCUGAGUCACAGCCAGGACAGGGACCUGAUCGCACUGCACUUCAGUGCAUUUCUACAGCUCACUGUAUUUUUACAGCUCACUGCAUUUGUACAGCUCACUGCAUUAUUGCAGCUCACUGCAUUUUUACAGCUCUCUGCAUUAUUACAGCUCACCGCAUUAUUACAGCUCACUGCAUUAUUGCAGCUCACUGCAUCUUUACAGCUCACUGCAUCUUUACAGCUCACUGCAUUAUUACAGCUCACUGCAUUAUUGCGGCUCACUGCAUCUUUACAGCUCACUGUAUUUUUACAGCUCACUGCAUUAUUGCAGCUCACUGCAUUUUUACAGCUCUCUGCAUUAUUACAGCUCACUGCAUUAUUGCAGCUCACUGCAUUUUUACAGCUCACUGUUUUUACAGCUCAGCAUUCUUACUGCUCACUGCAUUGCUGCAGCUCUGUGCAAUUUUACAGCUCACUUUUUUCUUUCUUUUUUUUUUACAGAUAACUGCAUUAUUACAGCUCCAUUUUUACACCUCACUGCAAUAUUACUGAUUACUGCAGCUCACUGCAUUAUUACAGCUCACUGCAUUUUUACAGUUCACUGCAUUAUUACAGCUCUCUGCAUUAUUACAGCUCACUGUAUUUUUACAGUUCACUGCAUUAUUACAACUUACUGCACUCACCACUGCAGAGAGGAUCAAGGUCACUGCGGCUUUGCUCCUUAUGAUCUGUCUCCUGCUGCUGUCCAGCUCUCUCUCAGAUUCCGCCUGUGCAAAUGUGAACACACACCCAUGCACACACAAAGGCAAACAUUUUCACAUACACACAUACCCAUGCUCACUUGCACAUACACACAGACACGCACACACACGCAUGCACACAAACACACACACACUGUAGCGUUUCAUA